ACCAGACGAGGAGCGGAGACACUUCAGCAGCACCGACUCUGCAAACAGCACAGACGGAGAUGAAUCUGUUCCUGUUGCUCGGCUGUCUGCUCCUCAUGGCCACGGAGUUCUCCCCAAGCUCCGCCCACAUGGUCCCGGAAAACAGCCUCUCCACCAAUCACGUGGUCGGAUCCAACGCCCUGAGCCAGAGUCUGGACGCCCGCGCGCCGCCUGUGGUCAUCGUAGAAUUACCAAAAGUAAAGAAAAAUAAAGGAGCAAAGAAACAGAAAAAGAAUAAGAAACCGGCGCGUAAACAGCUUCCGCCGCCGCCGAACUGCAUCCCUGUGGGCAGCAGCUGUAAGUCGGCGAACUCCGUGUGCUGUGAUUUCUGCGCCUUCUGUCAGUGCCGACUCUUCAAGACCGUGUGCUACUGUCGCAUGGGAAACCCACGCUGCUGA